AUGUUUGUCCAAAUAUUUAUAACCCUAUUAUGUGUGCCAAACCUGUGGGCACUGGACGACGGUCUGGCGCUCACACCACCCAUGGGUUGGCUAUCGUGGGGGCGGUUCGCCUGUCAAACAGAUUGUGUUAAAUAUCCCAAGAGUUGUAUUAAUGAACAGUUAUUUAAGGAAAUGGCCGAUAGGAUAGUGACCGAUGGGUACAAGGAGUUGGGCUAUGAAUACGUUAAUAUAGACGACUGUUGGGAUGAAAUGGAAAGGGAUGCCAAUCAUAGGCUGGUGGCCGACAAGAAACGCUUCCCCAAUGGUAUCAAAUCGGUGGCGGACUAUGUGCACUCAAAAGGUCUUAAACUUGGUAUCUAUGGUGAUGUUGGCAACUUAACUUGCCAAAAGUACCCGGGUAGUAAUAAUCACACCAAAGGUGGCAAAGAUUUCUACGACUUGGACGCCCAAACCAUAACCGACUGGGGGGUCGACUCAUUCAAAGUGGACGGUUGUUGGGAGGAGCCGCGCGACUUUGACGUACUCUACCCUAAAAUGGGAAAGGCGUUGAAUGCAACCGGUCAUAAAAUGUUAUUCAUAUGCGAGUGGCCAUUCUACCAAUACGUGUGGAGGAGCAUAAACCCUGAUUACGAUGCUAUCACUAAGACAUGCCACGUGUUCAGGACCUAUAAUGACCUGGCUGAUUCGUGGGCCAGUAUUGAGUCCAUUAUUAAAUAUUACGGCGAUUAUAACGACCUGUUUAUCAAACAUAACGGACCCGGGCACUGGUCAGAUCCUGAUGCGCUAACUAUUGGCAAUUGGGGUUUAUCUUGGGAACAAAGUCGGAGUCAGAUGGCCAUGUGGUCCAUGUGGUCGUCCCCUCUAUACAUAUCCACAGAUUUACGCAAAAUUAAGCCCGAAUUUAAAGCAAUUUUGCAAAACAAGGCACUCAUUGCCGUCAAUCAAGACAAGCACGGGAUUAUGGCUAAGAGGAUGUUGACUGAAGACUGUAUCUACGACCAUACGGGUAUAUGCCGACAGGUAUGGGUGAAACAGGUGGAGCCCGUAGUGGAUGGCGAGUGGUCCUAUGUGGUGGCCUAUUUUAACAAUGAACAUUUCGGGGAUGCUAUUUAUAUGUCAUACAAAGUCUCGCAACUGAUCCCAGCGGCUAAGAAAGCACUCAUUGCCGUCAAUCAAGACAAACACGGGAUUAUGGCUAAGAGGAUGUUGACUGAAAACUGUACCUACGAAGCAGGUGUAUGCCGACAGGUAUGGGUGAAACAGGUGGAGCCCGUAGUGGAUGGCGAGUGGUCCUAUGUGGUGGCCUAUUUGAACAAGGAACAUUUCGGGGAUGCUAUUUAUAUGUCAUACAAAGUCUCGCAACUGAUCCCAGCGGCUAAGAAA